UUUUUUAAUGAACUACAAUACAUUUUGACAUUUUAACAUCUAUUUUUACAACCAUAAGAUCCAUUGAUGGGUAGUGUUUAAUAUAGCAGCAAAAUUUAACAUAAUACGCACAAAACAAGUUCAGUUUUAACCUGACAUGUCAACUGUGCAAAAGUCAACAUAACAUAACCUAUUGUAAUUAGCGAGUUCAAUAACACGAAUUAAUUUAAAUCUGUGAUUUAUGGUGAAAAAUAAUUCGAUUGCUUUUAAAUAAACUUCAUAAAGAUGCCGGACGAGUCGUAUUUAACCUGGGUAAACAUAUUUGAUAAAGACCUCACUCAAGCUUACACCACUGAAAGAAAAGAGCUGAAAACUGCGUCUAUGAUACUCUGCGCUCUACAGAAGGAGUUUGAAAAGAUUAAAACUUCUGUGCAUAGUACGUAUGAAGAUCUACGAACAGAGUUGGAGAAUAAAGAUAAGCAAGUCCAGAAAAAAGCAAGAUUAGGUUCUAACACAAAAGAAAAUACCCCACCUUUGGCAGAACCUGAUAGAACACCUUCAAUACAAAGUAUAAGUACAGAAUCAUCACCUGAUUUUCUUGAUGAUACUGCCUUUACAACAGUGGGCGACACAAAAGCCAAUUUUUCAAAUGAAACUGAAGGUUUUUCAUUUAAUUCCACUCCAAGCCCGACCUUAAAAAUGAAAAGGAAGGCUGAAAAAACUCAAUUCUCACCUUCGCUUUGUUUUUUGCCAAGUGGCCCCAAAUGUGAUACUAAAUCUCCAAAAAAUGAUUUCAAUGAGAGUACUUUCAUCGAUUCCACUCCUGAAGUGGGGAUGAAAAAAAAAAGUGUUAAGUCAAAUUUGUUUUUGUCAAAAAAAAAGUUGUUGAGUAGCAUGCAAAAGUCAAGCACGCAGGGUAAUUCGACAUUGACUCGAUUUUUUAAGAAAAAAAGCAAAAAUGAUACCUGUGAUGAUACAACUACAAUGGAAAUAACUGAUAUAAUUAAUUUAAUUAAUGAAGAUUCCAAUGAUUCAGAAAAACCCGAGUCCCAGAUGUCUUUACCGGCAAGUGAAACAGAUAUGUUUUCUAAAAUGACUGGUGUAAAAAAAAAAGUUGAUAUGGAUGCUACAAGUAUAGUUGAUAUGGAUUUAACAAAUAUUGAUUAUUCAGCAAAAAAAAAUAAUCUGAAUUUUUAUAUGGAUGAUACAAGUUUAGAUGAUAUGGAUUUAUCAAAUAGAAGUGAUGCAGCAAAAGAAAAUAAUCUGAAUUUCGAGGCAAAUAACUUGAAUUCUUCGGAAUUUUUGAGUAAUCAUGGGGAAUAUGAGAGUCCUAAUAAGAAAGCAAAAAAGGAUUUUAUUCCUGUUCAUGCUAGGAAGGAAUAUGUUCAUUGGGAAUGUGAAGAAUGCAAAAGGUUUUAUGGCGUUCUAAGUUUGUCACCAGAAAUGUUAAAAAAGAAAAUGGGGGUGUGUACCAGGCAUAAGAUAGCCAACAAACAGCCAGAUACGAUUCCUGGAUUUUGGGAUAUGUCAAUAAGAACUCAGAAGUGAAAAUUUAAAUAAAUUUAUUGAUUUAUAAAAAGUGAUAUUUUUUCCAAUAUAUAAUUUCUUUUCAUAAGUUGCCCCUUUUUUCUUGCUCAAUUUCUAUGGCUUCGAAUAGAGCUUUGAAAUUUCCAGCCCCAAAACCCUAAGAAAAAAGUAGGUAAGUAUUUAUUAACACUCUGUAUAAAACUUACGUUGUGGUUUCUUCUCUGGAUAACCUCCAGGAAUAAAGUGGGUCUGUCUUGCAUGUUUUUGGUGAAAAUCUGCAAAAGAUACCCGUUUUCAUCAUAAUCAAUUAGGAUUUUUAAUUCCUGUAAAGUUUUUAAUUCCUCAGCUAUUUUAACGUUGCUGUGUUUGAGAUUUUCGCGCAAUAGGUCGUAGUAACUGUCAGGGACCUGAAGAAAUUCCACACCCCUUGCCUUUAGAUUUCUCACCUAAAAAUACAAAACAAUAAUAAUGAUUUUAUUGACCAAUUUUGUUUGCUUACAGCCGUUAUAAUAUCAUUAGUGUUAAGCGCUAUAUGCUGGACUCCAGCUCCUCCAUAAUAUUCCACAUAUUCCUCGAUUUGACUCUUCUUUUUUCCUGGAGCUGGCUCAUUGAUAGGUACCUAAAAUAUAUUAUAGUGUAUGUAAAAUUUGAGUUUUUUAUAUCGCUACAAACUUACCUUUAUAUUUUCUUCCCAGUUACUCAUUACAAUGGACCUCAAAGCUGAAUAUUCAGUAUGAAGUUGUUUAUCGUCUACCGACCAAAAUCUGUGGAACUGCAAAACGUUUUCGUACCAUUUUGCUACAGAUUCCAUCUCGUUGUCGGGCUGAUUUCCCACCACGUGAUCUAUAAAGUCCAGUUUUGAUUGGGGCCUGAAAAUAUUUCAUAGUAAAAAGUGUUGAACGCUAUACGCUAAAGAAGUAUCGCUAGUAGCGCCACCACGCGGCUGUUAUAUCGU